AUGUACCAGAACCCGCCGCCCGCGCACUCGCCGCCGCUCCACCACCCCGUCCCCCAGCACGUCUCGACCGUCCCGCAGCUGCGCUCCCCGCCGCCUCCCCAGCCGCCCUCGCAGCCCCAGAGCGGCUAUGGCUACGGCCAGCAGCACGCCAUGCCCGCCCAGCAGGGCGCCUACGGCGGCAACAUCCCGCCCGCGUUCGGCGGCUUCAUCAACGACCCCACGGCCCAGCUGGGCUUCCAGAUGGGCAAGAGCGCCAUGAACGCGGGCCAGGAAUACGUCGAGCAGAACUUCGGCCGCUUCAUCAGCGUCUCCGCCCUCAAGCACUACUUCAACGUCUCCAACACGUACGUCGCCAACAAGCUCUGGAUCGUCCUCUUCCCCUGGCGCCACCGCCCCUGGUCGCGCCAGCAGCGCAUGGCCAACAACCCCUCCGACGUCUUCUACCUGCCGCCCCGCGAGGACAUCAAUUCGCCCGACAUGUACAUCCCCAUGAUGGCCCUGGUGACCUACAUCCUCCUGUCCACGCUCCUCGCCGGCCUCCGUGGCGCCUUCAAACCCGAGCUCCUCGGCUACACCACCACCCAGGCCAUCUCCGUCAUGCUCCUCGAGAUUCUCAUCAUCAAGCUCGGCACCUUCCUGCUCAACAUCAGCAGCUCCUCCCAGCUGCUCGACCUCGUCGCCUACAGCGGGUACAAGUUCGUCGGCGUCAUCGUCAGUCUCCUGCUCACCAGCCUGUUCAGCCAGCUCAACUUCGGCGGCGCCUGGAUCUCCUGGGUCGUCUUUGUCUACUGCUUCAACGCGAAUGCUUUCUUUCUGCUGCGUAGUCUGCGCUACGUACUGCUUCCUGAGUCGAACCCGCAGGGCGUCGGGGGCGGCGCCGCCGGGUACACCAGCUCGCGGAGCCAGAAGAGCGCGAGGACGCAGUUCUUGUUUGUGUACAGCUAUGUCAUUCAGCUGGGUUUCAUGUUGUGGUUGAGCAAGGUUUGA